CUAAAUCAUUAUUAAGCUGGCAUUAUCACUGGAGGCAUAUAACAAUGCCAAUGUCACUGCAAUGCUAACUGUUUUGCCUUAAAAAGAUCUUUAUAACUCUCAGCACUCUUUGGUACAUGAAAACAUACAAGCUCGAGUGAGAAACAAAAGCUUCUCAGUGACAGUUCUAUUAUUUGAUCCAAUAUUGAAUUCCAAGCAUCCUCAUCCUUUAGAGAUGCUGAGAAAAUAAUAUUGUUUUCUCAAAUCCAUCAGUCCCAACAGGAGAUGCUUUGCAGAAACAACCGGAGCAGAGAUGUUUGCAGCCAAGGCUGCUGUUUGAAUUCCUGCAUUAUGUACCAGCGCAACAUGUGACGGUUAUUUCAUCCUUUAUUCCAGCUACACAAGGACCCUUUUAUCUUCUGUUUACCAGGGUGGGAAUAAAUACAAAGAGUUAAUAUGUAACCAUCCUUUUGUGGCUGCCUUUAUUUUUAGGGGAAGAAACACUGGACUGACGGUCAUUCGGGAAACUGGUGGACCAGCAGCAAUGUACUCCCUGGUGCUGGUCGUGUGUGCGACUGCUCUGACCCACUCUGCUCUUGCAGCAAGAGUCUGUUCCAAGCCACCAGAAGUGCUCUUCGCCACAAUCAAUGUGGUCAAAAACGUGUACGAUGUGGGUGAGGAAAUCGAGUACACCUGCAGGCCGGGGUUUGUCCCCAACAAUGGCCAGAGGAAAUACACCUGCCAGCCCACCGGCAAGUGGCCUCUCAACACGCUCCUGUGUCUGCCAAAGAGAUGUCCCACUCCUGGACAGCUGCAGCAUGGAAAAAUUGAUUUUAUAGACUCUUAUUACCAGAGUUCUUUAAGUUUUUCGUGUGAACCAGGCUACAACCUCAUUGGGACAAGAACAAGCCAAUGCAUGGCAGAUGGCAAGUGGAGUGGAAGUGUCCCACAGUGUCAACCUGUGACUUGUCCACCUCCAUCACUUUCUGAAUUUGGAGUCCUUUCUUACCAUCACGUAAAACCUGGAAAUAUUUCUUACUACAUGGACACGAUUAUUUUUGAAUGUGUACCACCCCUUGCACUUAUUGGAAAUGAGACAGCUACCUGCCAGGCCAACGGGACCUGGAGCAGCAUUCCGGAGUGCAGGGCUGUCACAUGUCCCGCUCCAUCAGGAAUAGAAAAUGGAUUCUUAAAUUUUGCUGUUCGUAGAACAUACCACUACAACGAAACCGUCAGCUUCAGCUGCCAAUCCAGAUACGUGCUAGAAGGACCUAAGCAUUCCCGAUGUGAAAAGACAGGAAACUGGUCCACAAAGCCAACCUGUAAAGAGCCAUGUAAAAUGCCAGUUAAGAAAGCUGUAGUGUUAUACGAGGGAGAGAAGAAAAGAGUUCAGAGUGACCUUAAGGAAGGCAUUCUGCAUGGCGAAACCGUAUCCUUCUUCUGCAAGAAUAAAGAGAAGUCCUGUGCCUAUACUGUGCCCGUUCAGUGCAUGGAUGGCAAUCUUACUCUCCCUGCCUGUUUCAAAGAACGUGGCUUCUUUUCAACUCUUGUGAAGAAGGACCCAUCAGACAUGAAACCAUGUGAAGAUCACGAAUGAGUUAAAAAAAGAAAUACAGCGCUAAAUGCCUUACUGAGGCAAAACACGAGAUAUAAGAAAGGACAACCUAAGUCCUGUGAGGGUAAAUUCCAGGUGAACUUGGGACUCUCUGAGAACGCGGUUUCAGCUGUUUUCCCUACUGCUGCUAUUAGCAGCCUCUUUCACAAGCUAUGACACAUUAUUUCAGCCAUUUUCCACUAACUUCCAUCUUCUUUUUUCUGCCUUAUUCAACAUCCCCACAACACUACUUCUCUUUCCAUAUUGCCAAUGUUUAUGUAAUUGUAAAGCAUUUUCUCAAUAGCAACCCUUUUAGAAUAAAGUAAUUUUCCACCAAUAGUGUGUUCUUAUUUAAUAUUACCUAAUCCUCAAUCAAAUCCUUCAGCUCUUAACUGUUUUAUAGAGAAGGCCAUCAUUAGUAAUUAGCUGGGUUCUGAUUCCAUUUCCUUUCCCCUGUGAUAGGGAGUGGACCUUUAAUUAUAGAGAGACAGAGGGUCAUCAUAGGAUUUUCCAGAAUUUAUGUAAGUAGAAAGACCGAGCUUUCCAAAUGCGUUUAGAAGCUGUGUCCGAUCAUCAUUUAAAUAUCAAUAGCAUCAGAUAAUUAUUUUACUCUUAAAAAAAAAAACUUACUAAAAUUAAUAAAACUAUUUAUGUUUUUGU